UCGCGCGAACGUGUUGCUAUCACACAGUACGGAGACGGUGAUUGGCGAAUUAAUUUUUUUCUCUGGGCCCAAAAGUCCGCGGAUUUUUUUUUUUGCCUGCCAGUGUGGGGUUUUGGGUGAGCGGAUUCCGGUGGGACCGGGCGUCGCUUAUGAAAAUGAAAGGGAAAAUGGUUUGGGGAGUUUUAUUCCUGAUGAGUUUUCUCAGUGUGCCCGACAACGCCUGGGGGGAUAGACAUCGGAAGAGGGAUAUCAGGAAUCGGGAGGCCGUUAUAUAUGCCGACAAUCAGCCGCGAUGCCCGUACCCCUGCACCUGUCCGGUGGUGGGUCAGGCGUGCGAGCAAUGCGAGGAGUGUCCGCGACAGGCGGGCGAGCCCUGCAGCGAGGACCGGCCCUGCGACCAGCAGCGAGGACUCGUCUGCCGCUAUCGGCACGGCGACAGCGAGGGCGUGUGCAGAGAGUCCACCGGCGUCCCCUGUGUCGUCUACAAUAAGACUUACGAGCACGGAGAGACGUUCACUUUAGACUGUCGGACCCAAUGUGCAUGUCAGAACGGCACUUACGGAUGCUCGUCGCUCUGUCCCCAAGAGCACAUCUCUCCCAGAGGAAACUGUCAGCACCCGCGCCUAGUCGAAGUCCCGGGACAGUGCUGUCGGGAAUGGAUGUGCGACAGCCAGACUGCAGAGCAGCCGCCCUCGUGCCAGCCGUCGUUCUCGCGAUGGUCGGCGUGCAGCAGCACGUGCGGCUCCGGUCUGUCGUCGCGACGCUCCAAUCUGAACGCACGCUGUCAGCCGGCCACCGAGACCAGGAUCUGUCAGACACGCAGGUGUCAGGACACCCAGCUGCCGCCCGCCAACGAUCACCACAACAGGCAACACCACCUCAGGAGAGGCCACGAAUGCAAAGCGACGCACCGGCUCAGUUCCGCCGUGUACCUCCGCUUCGGACCGUGCCGCAGCCGGAAGCGCUUCCGGCCCAAGUACUGCGGCGUUUGCCCCGUUCCGGGCAUGGUGUGCCAGCCGUCGCUCAGCACCACCGUUAAGGUCGACUUCAUUUGCGAAGGCUCCCAAUCGUCGGAGAACGCGUCGGACCUCCUGCCCGAGUACAUGGAACCGGAGGAGGACCUGUGGGCGGACGAGAGCCCCCCGAAGCCGGACGCCCUCUCCAAGGUGCUGACGGUGCUGGUGCAGUGGGUGCUAAAGUGCCGGUGCGAGCCGCAGACGCCGGACGCGACGUCGAGCACCGGCGAGGUGAUCCUGCACCGCGUGCACAGGACUGCGGCCCCUUAAACAGGGGGCCCGGCCGGCGGGAUCUUGUGGCAUAUCAUAUCGGACGAUUCGCGGUUCACGUUCACGUUCGAUACCGGAGCGGGUCCAGGGGUUUAGAUAAAUUCCAGGAAAAGUAAAUAUUAUCCACUUCACACGUUAAUUAUGUCUAAAUAAUCUAAUCUCGGAGGACCUGUAUUGUGUAAAAUCUUUGUUAUGUAAUAAGUAAUAAACAAUGGGCAUUGUAAAUUUAACUUGUUGAAUUUUAAUGGGCGACCAAUAAAGUAUCAAUCAAUAUUAAAGUCAAGAUUUCUAACUGGAUGGUUAAUUAAGACCUUUGUUAUUGGGGUUGGUUUAAUAUGUGGCCAAUGUAAAUUAAAAUAUUAUAAUUUGUUAUAUUAAUUAACAAUAGAAAUUAAAACACUAAAUUUAAUAAUGUGACAAAUAUAUUUAAUAAUUAAAUUUAUUACUAAAAUGGAGAAAAAUAUGAUUCAAUCAACUAAUUGAUCUUAUGUCUGAUAAAUUACAUAUCGACCCUUGUACUAUUUAAAUAAAUAUACAAUAAUUUAGUAAAAUAUAAUAUUGAUCUUUCGAAAUCGAGUAUAAAAUGUGGAGCAUUCACAUUUAAACCACCCCCACAUUUUACCAUACAUACGAAAUAUCUGCUUUUCGUCUGUUCAUAUUCACUUAUUGCUUGAGUAUCGACAAAGCAUAUGUAAAUACCUAUUUUAUAAAUUCAAAUGUUUCCAAAUUCGAGAUAUUUUUUAGAAAUAAUAAAAAAAACGAGCUUUCACCGAGUGUACGUACGAAACAUGCAUGGGGCGAUAGAGAAUAAAAUUGAAUAAAAAAAAAAUAAACACCCUAAGUGCACCUUUUUUAAGAAUGGACUGAGAAUAAGAAAAAUAAUGUAAAAAAAUGAAUGAAUAAACACAAAAAAAAAGUGAAUUCACGCGACACAAUUCCGGCUGUGUGGCCGUGAUAAUAAUAAAUAAUGAUAUAGUGUAUAAAUAUGUAAGUUUUUAGUAGAAAUUUUUGGAACCUAGCGUUUAUUUUAAUAAGUCGUAUUUUAGGAAGUCGUAAUAAUGAUCUUUGUAUAUUUUACCUUUAAUGUAAAUAUUAGACAUGUAAUUAAUGGCAAUGAAAUAUAAUAAAGUUUAUU